GUGCAAAUACUGUUAACUCCACGUGCUAAAUACGUCACUUUUUGUUUUGAGCCGAUUUAGUCGUGGGCUUUGAACAGGGCAACUGGCUCAGCCAGGUUCCAAAAGGAAUUGCAAUCAACUUUCUCCCGGUGGAAAACACGUUUACCCGGGCCAGAUUAAUCGAAUCGCCUCAUUGGUCUAGAUGUAUGUUCGUCACAUAGUAGGUCCAUACUAGUUUAAAAGACUUUGGUGCAGCCUGCUAACACCAAACUCGUGAGUUGCGUCAACCAGGCUAGCAGUCUUCAUAUAUAAUAUUGGCAACGUUUUGCCAUGCGUUUUGUAUGAAAUGCCGCGGAAAGAAGGGUGCAAGAACCGGGAAACAUUUUCCACCAAUCGCCAGUCACCAGUUUUGGACAUUAUCUGACACAUGCCAAUAAUUCUCUAUCUAGGGAGUUGAAACAAGGUAGUGUGAGUCCAAACAGGUGUCACUGGAUAGGCUAACACAAGACGGCCCAGACAAGGUGUCUCUGGUUUGAUUAACCAACAGGACACUUGGAAACAUGUCGAAGAAACGCCGGUCGCGAUGGUAUUUCGGUGGACUUUCCUCAAGUGCUGCCGCCUGUAUUACACACCCCUUAGAUCUGAUCAAGGUGCACCUCCAGACACAGCACGAGGUGAGGAUGAGGAUGGUGGGAAUGACCAUGAGUGUGGUGCAGAGAGAAGGUGUUCUGGCUCUGUACAGUGGCCUCAGCGCCUCCCUCUGCAGACAGAUGACGUAUUCUCUGUCCCGCUUCGCCAUCUAUGAGACAGUGAGUGAUCAGAUGAAGGACAGGACCCAUGGUCCCAUGCCCUUCUACCAGAAGGUCCUUCUGGGGUUGGUUGGAGGAUUUGCCGGGGGAUUCAUUGGGACCCCAGCAGACAUGGUUAAUGUCAGAAUGCAGAAUGACGUUAAAGUACCACUAGAACUCAGGAGAAAUUAUGCUCAUGCACUAGAUGGACUGUUCCGGGUAUGGAAAGAGGAGGGAAUGAAGAAGCUGUUCUCUGGAGCCACAAUGGCAUCUUCUAGAGGAGCACUGGUCACUGUUGGACAGCUGGCCUGUUAUGAUCAGGCCAAGCAGCUGGUUCUGGGGACUGGAGCCAUGCAAGACAACAUUCUAACUCACUUCCUGGCCAGCCUCAUCGCAGGAGGCUGUGCCACUGUCCUGUGCCAACCACUGGAUGUCUUGAAGACCAGGCUGAUGAACUCAAAAGGGGAAUAUGUGGGCCUGCUACACUGUGUGAGAGAUACAGCUAAACUGGGGCCCAAUGCCUUCUACAAGGGUCUGGUUCCAGCAGGGAUCCGUCUCAUCCCUCACACGGUCCUCACGUUCAUCUUCCUGGAGCAGCUCAGAACCUGCUGCGGCAUCAGGAUCCUCACCUGAGAGGGGUCAGGGGUCACCACCUGAUCACCUAUUGAGUAGUCUGAAAUGUGACCUCUGUGUCAGGACUGCCAGGCCACGCCCAUUCCCUUUGUUCCCUGUUCUGUUCUAUGUGAACAGGAAACUUUAAUCCACCUGCAACCUCCCCCAUCCUAAACCCCACCUUCUGGAUACAGACUAGUGACUGACUGAAUGGGGGGUUCUGGAUACAGACUAGUGACUGACUGAAUGGGUGGGUUCUGGAUACAGACUAGUGACUGACUGAAUGGAUGGGUUCUGGAUACAGACUAGUGACUGACUGAAGGAGGGGUUCUGGAUACAGACUAGUGACUGACUGAAUGGGGGGUUCUGGAUACAGACUAGUGAUUGACUGAAUGGGGGGUUCUGGAUACAGACUAGUGACUGACUGAAUGGGGGGUUCUGGAUACAGACUAGUGACUGACUGAAUGGGGGGUUCUGGAUACAGACUAGUGACUGACUGAAGGAGGGGUUCUGGAUACAGACUAGUGACUGACUGAAGGGGGGGUUCUGGAUACAGACUAGUGACUGACUGAAUGGGGGGGUUCUGGAUACAGACUAGUGACUGACUGAAGGGGGGGGUUCUGGAUACAGACUAGUGACUGACUGAAGGGGGGGUUCUGGAUACAGACUAGUGACUGACUGAAGGGGGGGUUCUGGAUACAGACUAGUGACUGACUGAAGGGGGGGUUCUGGAUACAGACUAGUGACUGACUGAAAGGGGGGUUCUGGAUACAGACUAGUGACUGACUGAAGGGGGGGUUCUGGAUACAGACUAGUGACUGACUGAAAGGGGGGUUCUGGAUACAGACUAGUGACUGACUGAAGGGGGGGUUCUGGAUACAGACUAGUGACUGACUGAAGGGGGGGUUCUGGAUACAGACUAGUGACUGACUGAAAGGGGGGUUCUGGAUACAGACCAGUGACUGACUGAAGGGGGGGUUCUGGAUACAGACUAGUGACUGACUGAAGGGGGGGGUUCUGGAUACAGACUAGUGACUGACUGAAGGGGGGGUUCUGGAUACAGACUAGUGACUGACUGAAGGGGGGGGUUCUGGAUACAGACUAGUGACUGACUGAAGGGGGGGUUCUGGAUAUAGUGGAAUACUAUAUUGACCAGAGCCCAGUGCCCUAUUCCCUAUGUAGUGCACUACUUUUGACCAGAGCCCAGUGCACUAUAGAGGAAAUAGACUGCCAUUUGGGAUACCGAUUUAAGUAAUCCAUCUGAACUUGGAACAGCCUCUGUAGAAUGAACCUUGAUGUCUUUAGUUAUGGUAAUGGCUGCUAGAGGGCGCUGUUACACUGUGGUUAUGAUGUAGGCCUACUCUGCAGACGUCCACGGCCGCUGUUCCAGGUCUUAACGUGUAUAAGUGGGUUGGUUGUAUGGGAGUGUGCCACUUAAUGUGGAGGUUAUUGUUAUUCACGCCACUGCUGAUGGUCCAUAUGUUUUUUUGUAUUGUAGAUGACAUAUUUUGCAUUGAUGAUGGCUACUUCCUGUUUCAUUGACUGUCAAAACGACAACAGCAGGAAGAAUGUUUCAUUGGGCUAAUGAAUGGACUGAUGAAUAAAUGAUUACCUGUAUAGUGAUCAAUACCAAUAUGUCCAUAAAUAUGCUUGUUACAGAGAUGA